AGGGGGCAGCAAUGAGUCACUGAGGGGUUUGUUUGUUUUACAAUGGUCAGCUGGGACAUUACCACAUACAUCUUUUAAUCGAGUGGUGAAAGGGAAAAUUGGUAUAGGCGCAGGCAGAGUGAAGCCGGACAGUCUAGGAAAAUGAGCUCUGCGCCUUUGACUCGCUCCGAGGUGUUUGGACAGCUUAGGAGGGAGCUGUAUGGAGACGCUCCGUCCAAUGAGGGCAGCGCCCACCUCUUCAUCAUAUUGGGAGCCUCCGGAGAUCUUGCAAAAAAGAAAAUAUACCCCACACUAUGGUGGCUGUUCAGAGACGGUCUGCUCCCGGAAAACACGCACUUUGUAGGCUUCGCCCGCUCUAAAUUUGGGGUAGAUGACAUCAAAAAAGCAUGUCUCCCUUACAUGAAGGUGGCGGAGGAUGAGGGUGAGUCUCUGUCGGCCUUCUUCCGUAGAAACUCCUACCUGAGCGGUCGCUACGACGACGCGGGCUCCUUCUCCCGGCUCAACGCCCAUCUGUCCUCUCUGCCGGGGGGGGGCGACGCCAACCGCCUCUUCUACCUGGCGCUCCCGCCCACCGUCUACCACCACGUCAGCGCAAACAUCGGCACGCUCUGCAUGAGCCCCAAAGGCUGGACCAGGGUGAUCGUGGAGAAGCCGUUCGGCCGCGACCUCCAGAGCUCUCAGGAGCUGUCUGUGCACCUGGCCUCCCUGUUCAAAGAGGAGCAGAUCUACCGCAUAGACCACUACCUGGGCAAGGAGAUGGUCCAGAAUCUGAUGGUGCUCAGGUUUGGCAACCGCAUCUUCGGACCCAUCUGGAACCGGAACAGCGUGGCGGCGGUGGUCCUGACCUUCAAGGAGCCGUUUGGGACCCAGGGACGCGGGGGAUACUUUGAUGACUUCGGUAUCAUUCGGGAUGUGAUGCAGAACCACCUCCUCCAGAUGCUCUCGUUGGUUGCCAUGGAGAAGCCCGCCUCCACCAGUUCAGAUGACGUGCGGGAUGAGAAGGUGAAGGUGCUGAAGUGCGUGGCCCCUGUAGCCAUGUCGGACGUGGUGCUGGGUCAGUAUGUCGGGGACCCCGAGGGCCAGGGCCCGGCCCAGCUUGGUUACCUUGACGACCCCACUGUGCCCCAAGGCUCCUGCACGCCGACCUUUGCCACAGCGGUGCUCUACGUCCGCAACGAGAGAUGGGAUGGCGUGCCCUUCAUCUUGCGCUGCGGCAAGGCGCUGAACGAGCGCAAGGCCGAGGUGCGGCUGCAGUUCACCGACGUCCCCGGAGACAUCUUCGCCGAGCGCUGCAUGCGGAACGAGCUGGUGGUCCGUGUGCAGCCCGACGAGGCCAUCUACCUGAAGAUGACCACCAAGAAACCAGGGGUCUACUUCAGCCCCGAGGAGACGGAGCUGGACCUCACCUACAAGAGCAGAUACAAGGAUGUGAAGCUCCCAGACGCAUAUGAGAGACUCAUUCUGGACGUGUUCUGUGGCAGUCAGAUGCACUUUGUCCGCAGUGAUGAGUUGCGGGAGGCAUGGCGGAUCUUUACCCCACUGCUGCACCACAUCGAGAGCCAGAAGAUCCCACCCGUCCCCUACACCUAUGGAAGCCGCGGCCCGGCGGAGGCGGACUCCCUGGUGCAGAGUGUGGGGUUCCGCUACGGGGGAACCUACAAGUGGGUGAAGCCCCACAGCGCAUGUCUAUAACCACGGCCACUUCCUCCGACAGUCAUUCACUGCUGGUACUGUUGUGUGAUUUAUUUGUUUUCACUGUAGAAAGAAAAAUUGCACUCCCCGCUUUCCUGAUCCAGGCAUUUAAAAAAAAAAACGUAUGUGGAAAUGAGAUUCACUGCUGACUGAUAAUCCCUGAUUUUUAAAGUGGUAUAAUUUUAAAUUGUAAAUAAAAAGAAUAAAGGUUUAUUCAGUGUG